AUGACGCAAGUGGUGAUGGUACUGGGAAUGGCCCACGCUGUUGCCCUUGAGAGAUACGGUUCCAACCAGUCAACGAUACAGCAAUCGUGGUCGGAGGAUGAAUUUUUUGGCUGUAAGAUUACCCAUUUACGUGCACUGAUGUUUCAGCUGCGGAAUGAUCACAGGGAGUUAACUGAGAAAAUAAAUCAGAAUAUACAAAUUCUGCACUCGGCAAGGCUUCCUUCUGGGUCUUCAACUCCCAAUGAAUUAGGUAAUGAUGAUGGGUUAAACAACCAAAACUUGCCAUUUGUUAAUGCUGUUCCAUCUGCAUCAUCUCCCAAUGCUAUGGAUGUGGAUCUGAUGGUCAGUGUACCAUAUGCAUUUGUUGACGUAAUUGCUGAUGCAUCACCAGCAGCAGAGGAUGGUUUACAGUUGGGAGAUCAGAUUGUCAAAUUUGGAAAUGUUGAAGCUGGCGAAAAUUUGUCACAAAGGUUGUUGUCUGAAGCUCAGACAAAUCAAGGUUGUGCCAUUCCUGUAGUAGUUAUGAGGCAGGGUGCACUGAUCAACUUGACAGUAACACCCAGAACAUGGCAAGGCAGGGGACUUCUGGGGUAUGUCUGCCAUCUCCUUUAGUUGUGCUCUACUCAAUAUAAAUUUCUUGUGGUUAUCAUUUCUCAAAAUGUUCACAUGUCCUAGAAGCAAUUACAAGAAUGAAAACUUUUCCUCUGGAAUGAUUGUAGUGGCUUAUUUAGGAUUCAUUAGAACAGAGUUACAAUUCGUAGGGAAGAUGGUGAUAUAUUAUCAUGUGGAAGAG